AUGCCGCCAAUUCCAGGUGUGGAUGGAGACCGUCGACGGGUUAUCCUCUAUCACCAAACACUCCUGCCGAAUUCGGGCCCAUAUGUCCCUAUGAUGCCACUAUUAUCUAACAACACUGGCAUCACGCAUGUUAUCAUCGCCGCAAUUCAUAUCAAUGGCGAACCGGGUGAUAUAACACUCAACGACGACCCCCCAGAUAGCCCCAAAUACGACCCAUUAUGGAACGAAGUACCCCUACUCAAACAGGGCGGGGUGAAAAUAAUGGGCUUGCUCGGCGGCGCAGCACAAGGCUCCUUCCAGCGUCUCGACGGCGACCAAGAAAAAUUCGAACGCUACUACGGCCCUUUGCUAGCUAUGAUUCGUCGCCAUGGACUACAAGGCAUUAUUCGACUGAUUGACCGACUCAAGUCUGACCUGGGUGAUGAGUUUAUCAUCACUCUGGCACCUGUUGCCGCAGCGUUGCUGGGAAUGGGGAAUUUGUCUGGAUUCGACUAUCGCCAACUCGAACAGGCACGCUCCUCCAAGAUUAGCUGGUACAAUGCUCAGUUCUAUAAUGGAUGGGGCCCCGCGGACGACCCACGCAUGUAUGCGGCGAUGAUUGCGCAGGGCUGGUCUCCUAAUCGGAUCGUUUAUGGCCUUUUGACAAAUCCUGGAAAUGGUUCACAGGGAUAUGUGCCCCGAGACAAAAUCAGUGCCGUGCUUGCGGCGCUGAUUGAAAGAUUCCCGAAUUUCGGAGGCGUGAUGGGGUGGGAGUAUUUUAAUGCACUCCCAGGGGACCGUGCUAGGCCGUGGGAGUGGGCUACCGAGAUGACUGUCAGCAUGAAUAUGAAGGACAUCGUCGUCGCUGCUCGGCAGGUUCUUUCAACUGGGCCCAUGGUGGAUGGUCUGAACAAUUUAUUUCGUGAUAUGAUGAACCAGAGAAGACAGUCCUGA